AUGGCUUUAGAAAAUCAAUGGUUACAGGCCGCUAUUAAGAGCGAGCAUAUUAUAAGCAUUAAUUAUGAUACUUUUGAAAACGCUGAAGUUAUAGCAAGAGGGGCUUUUGGUGAAGUUUCUCGUGCUUAUUGGAAAAGUGGCGAAAAAACUGUCGCCUUAAAAAGUCUCUAUGGAAAUACUCAAAUGGGAGUCGAAGGUUCUUUUGAAGAAUUUGUUAGAGAGCUUCAAUUGAUUCGUUCGGUUGAUUUUCAUGAUAAUAUAAUAAGAUUUUAUGGUGUUAGUGAAGAUCCAGCAACACGGAGAUAUUUUAUGGUGUUAGAAUAUGCCAAUGGCGGAGACCUUCGAUCUUUCUUACGUAAAAAUCAUCAUACGCUCAAUUGGAAAAUGAUAAUAAAUAUGGCCAAGCAAAUUUCUAGCGGCCUCAAAUGCAUUCAUGAACGUAACAUAGUACACAGAGAUUUACACUCAAAGAAUAUAUUGGUGCAUGAUGGAAAAAUGAUGAUUACAGAUUUUGGGUUGUCAAAAUCAUUGGACAAUAAUGAAACAUCCCUCGUGGGUGGUAUGGUUGGUUAUAUUGAACCGUUAUGUUUUAUAAAUUCAUCUUACAAAAGAGACAAGGCAUCAGAUAUAUAUAGCUUAGGUGUGUUGUUGUGGGAGUUAUCAAGUGGGAGGCCACCAUUUGAUAAUAUGGCGAUUUUAGAUAUAGCCAGCGCUGUGGUUCAAGGAAAAAGAGAACAACAAAUUGACGGAUCUCCACCGGAUUAUGUAGCAAUUUAUCAGAUGGCUUGGGAUAAUCAACCAAAAAAACGUCCCACAAUAAAUAAUGUGCGUGAUAGUCUUGAAAAAUUAUCAAAACAGUUAACAGAAGAUGGAGACAAUCUUAAUACAAACAAUUUCGCUGCAUUAUCUUUAAACUCACCGGGACAAAAUAAUUUAGCAAAUUCACCCAUUGUAGAAAAUAAAGAGCUUCCUUCGAAUAAUUUCGCAUCAAAUUUUGGCGUGCAAAAUUCAUCUUUACGUCGUCAAACAACAAUACCUUUGGGAGUGGCCGAAUCAAUGAAUCCGAAUAAGAAGGUUAUUAUGUUAGACAGUUAUGUUCCAUCGAAUAAUGUUAAAACUGGACAAUUAAUGAGCCCACCAAACUCAAAUGAAAUUCUCACUAAUCAGAAUACGAUACCAAUUGGCGUAGCGGAAUCGAUGAAUCCGAAUAAACAAAGUAAUGCAUUGUUGAGUCAUACUCGGUCAAGUAAUCAGAAUUCAUCAGCUUCACCAUCCAUUCCUUAUGGACUUAUUAAUUCGAUGAAUCCGCUUAGAUCAGACACACUUUCGAAUUACCUGCCAGCAAAUAAUACAGCUCCAAUUCCAAAUGUGAUUUUACGCGGCAAGACUACUUUUCCAUCUAGUGCGGCUGAUCACCGUGUUAAUGUUAAUAAUGUACCUCAGAUCAUUCCUAACCCAAUUCAACAACCUCGGGUCUAUCAAAUGCCUUCUAAUCAACAAUCAAAUCAGUAUACGCAAAUGCCGACAACCAAUACGCUACAAAGAAAUAAUACAGUUAAUUAUACUCAAGCCAAUAAUCAGCCACAAUCUAAACAAUUCCCAGGUGUUCCACAAAACAUUCAAAGGAGCAACACUAUAAGUCACUCCCCACAGAAUGUUAGUGGUAUGCCCAAUCCUAUAAAUCAGCCUCAAUUUAAUAAGUUCCCACAGAAUAGUUCUCAAGGAUUCCAAGCACCUCCAUCCCAACAACCGCAAUUUACUCAACAACAACAACCCCCUCAGAAUCAACGACCCUCCCAACUUCAGCAACAGCAACAACCUCAAUUUCAGCAACCCUCUCAGUCUCAGCAGCCUCCAAUACAUCCCCAAUAUCAACAGCCUCAACAACAACCUCCUCAACAGCCCCAAUACCAACAGCCUCAACAAUCUCAACAACGACAACCUCAGCAGCCUCAACAACAACCACCCCAGCAAUCUUACCAACAACCUUUAAAAUCUCAACAGCCUCAACCUCAACCUCUACAGCAGCCUCAAUACCAACAACCUCAGCAGCCUCAAUACCAACAACCUCAGCAACCUCAAUACCAACAACCUCAGCAACCUCAAUACCAACAACCUCAACAUAUGCAAUACUUUCAACAACGUCUUAAUCAAUAUCCAAAUCAAUUGGGAAAUGUGCAGUAUUCAAAUCAAUUUCCACCUCAACUAAAUUUAAACAAAUCUAAUUCUAUUGCCUUACCAAUCCGACUAACAUAUAAUAAUCAUCAAUCACCACAACCUCCCAAUCAGUUGCCUCACCCUCCUCCAAAUAUUAUUCAACGUCAACUUUCUCAUUCACAAAAUCCACACAAAUGUACAUGUGAUGAUACGAUGACAAAGUAUGUCGAGGAAUUCCAAAACACCCGUGGCUAUAGUAAACCAACCAAAUGUCAUGCAGGCUAUCACGCAGGGAUUGGGGAUAUCGAAGGGUUAAGAUGGCAUUUAUAUUAUGACCAAAAAGUUGAAGGAACUUAUAACUUUAGUGAUAUGACGGAUAAGCUGGUGUUGAUUACUGCAAGAUUUUGUGGAAGGAAAAGUUUAAAUGCUAUGUUUCGAUGUCUUAAAGAAUAUGGAGUGAAUUUUAAUGUUACAACGAUGAAAACCGAAAAAACAGCAUUUCAUUUAUUAUUCGAAAAUUUUAAUCUUUGUAAUAAAAUAACUUAUGCUAAGGAAAAACUCGAAAGAUAUCACAAAGUAUUAUUUCAGGCGAUUAAGUUCCUAAAAGAAAUGGGGUGUAAUAUUAAUGCAAAGGAUAAAGAAGGAUGUACAAUAUUAUCACGUUAUCUUGGAGAAUUAUUUUUACAUGAAGAAAGAAAACCAAUUAUAGAAUCAUUAUUAAAUAAUGGAGCAGAUCCAAAUAUAUCAGUAAGUUUAAAGAAUUGGGGAGAAUUUGAUGCAAAUACAGCUUUAUUACUGGCAGUGAGAAACAAAUGGCCAACUUCUGUAUUAGAUGUAAUCGUUAAACAUAAAGUAGAUGUUAAUGCUGUUAAUAAUCAAGGCAAGAAUGCAUUAGCCAUCGCUACUGAAGCUAAAGAUCAUAAAACAAUGAUUUGGAUGUUAGAUAAUGUUGAUUUUGAAAAUGAAAGUAUUAAAGUUGCCAAAAGAUGUGCAGGAAAUUUUACUACUAAAGAAUCUCAAAUAUUAAAAUCAUGGAAAAAAAAGUAA